GUAUGCGAUACGGAACGCUUGUUGAUUCCGGCAUUUAGUCGAAUAUUCGGCCAUGUUCGGCGGGAAAUAGUGCAACGGGAUAUGAGAUAAUUGAAGGCCAUUCUCAGGAAAGUCUUUUCUUGUUAAAUUAGAGAUCGACAGUAAUUGUCCGACCGCGCUGAUACAAAACAAACCCCAAUCAUGCCGUACAAUCUAACGGAAGGAUCGUUGGAGAAAAUCAUGCGGGGCAUGGACAUCGACAAACCGGUUCUUCAAAUGUUGGGCUACAAGAAGUUACCCAGAACUGUCAACAAGGAUGGUUCUGCUACAGAUCGGUACAGAUUACUAGUGUCUGAUGGGCAGAAAUUAAAUUCAUUCACGAUGUUGGCUACUCAAUUGAAUGAUCUGAUCACAGAUGAUAUUUUGAAUGAAUUUGCGAUUUGCAAAGUAACCAACUAUCACUUGAGUUCAGUGAACAACAGUGGCAAAGAAAAACGUGUAAUGCUGAUAUUGGGUAUUGAUGUGCUAGUUUCUGGCAACGAAGUUGGAUACAAAAUAGGUAAUCCAACCAACAUAGAGAUGACAGCACUGAAAUCAGAACCAGAUUCUACAUCUACAUCCACAGCUGGACAUUAUCAAAAUGGUUCAUCCAAAAUCGUUGCUUCAAAUCAUCAUGCUUCUGAUAUACCCACCACACCAAUUGCAGCAUUAAGUCCUUAUCAAAACAGAUGGGUGAUCAAGGUUCGCGUGACCAGUAAGUCUCCGAUUAGAACAUGGAGUAAUUCUCGUGGAGAAGGCAAACUUUUUUCCAUGGAUCUGAUCGACGAAACUGGCGAAAUUCGGUGCACCGCGUUCAGAGAUGCAUGCGACAAGUUCUACGAAUUGAUAGUGCCUGGUAAUGUUUACUAUAUCUCACGAUGUACGCUGAAAGUGGCGAACAAACAGUUUAAUACACUGAAAAAUGAUUAUGAGAUGUCAAUGACUAAUGACACAGAGAUCGUGCCUUGUCACGAAAGCAGUGAUGCCAUUCCAACAUUGCAAUUUAACUUCUCUCCCAUAAGUCAAAUCGAAAACAAAGAGAAAAACGACAUAUUAGAUGUCUUAGGCGUCGUUACAACUGUCAACGAUAUACAACAUAUUACGGCGCGCAGUACUGGCCGAGAGCUUGUGAAGAGAGAUAUUAGUAUUGUUGAUGACAGUGGUACGAUGGUAACUGUUACACUAUGGGGAAAGCAGGCCGAGGACUUUGAUGGUUCUGAUAACACCAUUUUAGCUAUCAAAGGAGCACGCGUGGGUGAAUUUAAUGGUGGAAAGAACUUGUCAUUAAUAAGUUCUUCCGUAAUUGAAAAGGAUCCCGAUCUUCCUGAAGCACAUAAAUUGCGCGGAUGGUACACUGCAGUCGGUCAUUCGGAGAGUGCUAAAUCAUUGUCUAGAGUAGGUGGAGGCGGAGGUGACUCUAACGCGUCGUUGUACACUUUCCAGGAGGCGACCGAAGCUCGAUUAGGAGAGAAAAUGAAUCUCCCAGAUUUAUUUGCAGUCGUGGCGACCAUUAAACAGAUCAGAACGGAAAAUUCAGUUUACCAGGCGUGUCCGAUAGAAAGUUGCAACAAAAAGUUAAUCGAUCAAUCUACUGGAGUCUUUAGAUGUGAGAAGUGUAACAAGGACUAUCCAAAUUUCAAAUAUCGCUUACUGGCAAGCAUGGAAUUGGCCGAUGCGACAGGCAGUCGCUGGGUAACUGCCUUCAAUGAUGAUGCUGAAAAGAUAUUGGGAAUGUCGGCGCAAGAAUUGGGGGAGUUGAAGGAGAACGAUAAAGAUGCCUACUUACAAAAAUUCGGCGAAGCGAAUUUCAAGACGUUUACAUUUAACUUGAGGGCGAAAUCAGAAGUUUUUCAGGAUGAAAUGAGAAUAAGGCACAAUUGUCAGGCAGUUGCGCCAAUAAAUUACAAGACUUAUUUAACCCAUCUGAUAGGCAAAGUCUCCAAGUUAAUAGACCUCGAGAAAGUAGAUCUUAACUAAGAUUCCAUCUAAUUUCUCGAUCUUCGUCAAAUUAUUUUCAGAUAAUUUGUUAAAAAGAUUUACGUAUUUAAUUUAAGCAUUAUGAUAUCGCACAUUUCCGUGAAGUUUUGUUUACUUAGAUCAUUGCUAUUAUUCGAUAAAACAUUAUUUAAUUAUUCUUUAAUGUAAGAAAAGAAAAUUAUGUGCAUCACAUGGGAUUAAGUUGAAACUUGUGUACGUUAAUCUACUUCAGUCGUUUAUCGUUAUUUUUCACAAUAUUUGUAUUUUUUUCUUUUUUGAUUGCGCUAUAUAAUAUUGCUAUAUAAUAUUGUAGUAUGAUUUUUAAAAAUAAAUUUCUAAUUUUCAUAUUGAGAGAUGCUCGCCUUAUUGUCUGAUCCAGUGAGAUACGACUGCGGAAAAUCACAUGUUUUUACUACAAACAAUAUUUUAUUAUCUCAGUUUCUUUAAAUCCUAAAGUUUUUGCAACAUCUGUUCAAAAUUAUUUGAUACACAAUAACAAUGUAACAUUUAGUAAAUAUUAUUUAACUUUAUUCUAACGUGCGAAAUGCAUCUGAUUAUUUUUAUUGCGCUGCGAAUGCACGUAUGUUCCGGCACAUGUUCAAGAUUGAGCGUGAUAAAAUUAUUACGCAAAAACGGAUUCUUAUCAGAAAACAACUUGUCACGCUGUGAGAUUCUGAUAUUUAUCUUUGAUAGCGCGAUUGAGUCUGAAAGUUCUUAGGAUUUCGUAGGACGUUGAUAGUUCUCUUCGGAUUCUUUUACGGUUUUCGGUUUGAACGAAAUCCCUGCGGAUCUCGCAGGAAAUCGAGCGAAGAAGUUGGAGCGGUGUACAAUACUUGAUGGUUUAUUAAUUGCCAAGAAGUAAAAUACACAGGCAUUUGUUAUAACAAUGAUACUGCCGAGGAGUAAAACUUUUUCUUUUUUUUUUUGUAAUACGACGGUAUCGUAAAUAACAUCUAGCGACAUUAUAAUCGGUACUAAAAAGAGAAAAGCUGGUCUCGUGUCCCGUCUUUUUUUUCCCUGCUUAUUAACGUCGGUAACUUUACAAUUUACAAAUGCAUUUCCCAUGCGCCGCGAUCCUCAUUCUCGUCCUCGUUUUCGUUUUACAUCCGUCGCCGCUCUACUUUGUAUGUACGGAUUGCACGAGUGCCUAGUCGAAGAUACCCCCACGACACCUUGCACGUUUGCAUGGUGGUCCCAAGUACAUUUUGUCUCUCGCACUCGUAUUUUGCGGUAAGUACAACGUGAAGGUGGCUCGCACCUCCACGUACGUUUCCGAAGCGGGAAUCGAUCGAUGGAACGAGUCCCGACGGCUCGAUCGCGAAAUCCAAUCCAUACUUUAGAUUCAAUUUAUGAUUUUACAAAAUCUACAAGGUCGAGGCUCAGAGACGGGGAAAGCUAUAACAAUUUUUUUUUUGUUUUUGUUUUCCACAUAUUUCAGAGUCGUAUCUAAUAAUCGAGGAGGAAAAGUAUAAUUUCGUCUAGUUAAUAUAAGACUUAUCGAAACGUGAUAUUCUCUGA